GGGUCCGAAAUGCUGUUGCUUUUUUUCUGGGAACAUUUUAGUCAGCUGCACACGUUUGAAAGCAUGCAGUCGUGUGACUAACUGACGGAACGAGUAGCAUAUUUCAUCAAAGUUUCAAUGCCGAAAGAGGAGGCAUGGAGCACUCUGCUUGUAUUUUGGAGGAUUUGAAGCAGUUUAUCAUAAAUGAUGCCCCACCAACAGUGUAUUACAUCCCAGAUUUCAUAUCCGAGGAUGAAGAGGCUUACCUCCUUCAGCAGGUGUACAAGUCACCAAAAACCAAGUGGACUCAGCUGUCAGGCAGGAGGCUUCAGAACUGGGGAGGGUUACCACAUCCUAAAGGCAUGCUUGCAGAAAAGAUUCCUGACUGGCUCCAGACGCACUGUGAGAAAAUCUCCUCUCUUGGUGCAUUCAGCGGGAAAACAGCCAACCAUGUGUUGGUGAAUGAGUACAAACAAGGAGAAGGGAUUAUGCCUCAUGAAGACGGCCCUCUGUACCACCCUACAGUCACCACCAUCAGCCUGGGCUCUCACACACUCCUGGACUUCUACACGCCCAUCAGCAGCCUGGAUGGUGAUGCACCGCAGACGGAGGAGAACCGCUUCCUCUUGUCCCUGCUGGUGAAGCCGCGCAGUCUUCUGAUCCUGCAGGAUGACAUGUACCAGCGUCUCCUUCAUGGCAUCCAGUCCUGCGCCCAGGACACGCUGACGGAUAAGGUGGUGAACCUGUCUGCUGCUGGCGCCCUGCAGGGGGAGACGCUGACCAGAAGCACCAGAGUGUCACUGACCAUCCGACACGUGCCAAAAGUGAUGAAGAACAAACUUAUACUGGGGAGGAAAUGAGCAAAGACUGCAUGUUUGUUAUGAUUCUACAAACUGUGUUCAGCACUGACACCAACAGGCAAAAUCAACGGGAGUCUCCUGCAUGCUGCUUUAUGACUUAUAUCACGCAUAUGUCUUUAAUGGUUCACUACAAGCUUUGUUAACAACUCUGGAGCUUACCAAGUAUUAUUACACAUGGAGAAACGGUUAAAGUUAUGAUUUCACCUCUUAACUGUUGUGGCAAACAUGUGGAACAUCCAAGUACUGUGGUAAAAAAUGAUGUCUUAAAAGUCUUUACAUCUCUGAUGAACAGACUUAUCAGAAAACAAGCAUUUGUUCAAGUCUUAAGUGGAAACCUUCAUAUAUUCUGUAUUUUUACUUUUUAAUUGACAUUUUUUCUCAGAAAGAGUCUGUAUUUUUUGAUCAACCAGUGUCAACAUCAACACUGCAUUCAUUAAAUAGCUUUGAAACUGGUUAUUGGUUGUGCUUAUGUAAGAGUUUUAUUUGAAGCUUUUCUUUGAGGUGUGUCUGACUGAACAAUUGAUCAAGUUUACUGUUAUUAUUCAGAUUGAAAAUGUUUUGUUCAGGUUGAAGUUAAAUCUGUUCAGACUCAUCUCUUUUAGGCAAAUGAAAUGUUGCAAAGCAGAACUGAAAGUCAUUCAGGCUGAAGCUGUUUUGUUACAAACACCAGAUUUAGUUUCUUAAAGGCUCUGUCAUCCUGAGCUCUGUCCUCAACAUGCCCUGACUUUGUUUGACUUUGGUGUGAACUCAUAUUUCACAGGAGAACAGCACGACAAUGGAGCCACAGACUAAACGUUGGAAGGGCUCGGAGUGUGACACAGACUCCUGGGUUGCUUAUCCUGUAUUGUCAGAUGAGCAGUCACAAGAUGUGGAGCUAAUAGAAGCGUUUGCUGCACCCAUUGUCAACAAGAGAGAGACGUCUCGACUGGUUCGGGAGCUGAACAGCCUCUGCCCGUUGAGCGACCUUCAGCACGUAAAGAGGGUGCGGGCGGUGAAGGAGAAGAGCAGCCCUCACCCUCUGGAAGUCCUCCUGUGCCUGGUCAGUGAUGCACCAGACAUGAAGGUGGUCAACAUCAAGUCUCUGCUCCCCUCAGGUAAAUGCGAGGGAUUAGGUGAACCUUUCGUGGUAAAGGUCCCUGCACGCCCCCCUUUGACCCGACCCCAGUUUGAGCUGUCGAGCAAACACUGGCCCACUUCCUUUCAUGAGGACAAACAGGUGACCGUCGCCCUGAGAGGAGAGCUCUUUGGUCCAGCUCAGAAAACUCUGAUGCACACGUAUAUGAUGUCUGCUGUGACUACGGCCCGAGCAGGACACAGGAUGGGGAUGGAGGCAGUGGGUGCGGUUGUGGUCGACCCUGUGAAGGAGAAAGUCAUUGCAGUUGGCCAUGACUGCAGAGGGGACCAUCCUCUCCAUCAUGCUGUGAUGGUCUGCAUCGACCUGGUGGCUCGGAGUCAGGGAGGAGGGUGUUAUUCUUUUGACAGAUACGCUGCCUGUUCAUUCACUCCACCAGCUCCAGAAACGACUCCAAGCUCUCCUGACUCAGAGGGGAGCUCUCAGCCGUACAUUUGCACCGGGUACGACUUCUAUGUGACCAGAGAACCUUGUGUCAUGUGCGCCAUGGCUCUGGUGCACUCCAGAGUUGGUCGUGUUUUCUACGGCACCGCCUCUGCUGACGGGGCGUUUGGGACCAGAUAUAAAAUCCACUCACAGAGAGACUUGAAUCACCGCUUUGACGUCUACAAAGGAGUCCUGAGAAAGCAGUGUGAAGAUCUGAACAUCUUAGACCAAAUCAAAGUGGACAGUUUACAGGAGAGUAUUUGAUACAGGCAUCAGUUUCAUCAGCAGCCUGUCUCCUUCUUCACACAGGUGAUCUGCAGGUAUCAACUUUUGUUUCAUUAUUACAUUUUAAUAAAGAUUUUAACACGUGUAGGUUGUUGUGUUGAAAGAAUGUGUAGGAGGGAAUGUUAAACAAGAGCUGCUCAUGCUGUUUGGCUUCAGACAUGGAGGCGUUUGAUUUGUUUUUGUUGUAAUAACAAAGGAUACAAAACAGCCCAGACUACAUACUAACACAUUGUUUCUGAGGUUUUAGAUGCAGAUUUGAACCUGUCUCUGUGGACAUGUAGCUCCCUUUUCUUGCUCACCUGCAGGACAGUUAAGUAUUAUUCACAGCAGAUGAUAACUGCAGGUAUACACGGUUGGAUGUCACCACCUUUAAACAAAUACAGAGCUGAUAUUUUAACGGUCUAACCACCAACAGACAAUGUUUGAGACUGUUGGAUGUCCUUUUUCAACAGCUGCUGUAUUUUUAUUCAGAUAUCAAACGUGCAGCUGUCAUCACAAACCUCCUUAAAUAAAUAUAAAACAUGGGUUUGUCACUGAGAGAUAUUGAACUAAAGUGUAGUUUCAUAAGUUUGAACUAAAAAUGUUUAACUUUUUUUCAAAGAAGCUUCUUUCCUCAUUCACAUCCUCUUACCUCUGCAGCUUGUUUCACUAAUUUAAGGGAUGGUCUGUGUCUUUUUUCUUUUAAGAUGUAUUUUCUUCACAGUAAUCUGGCCGAAUUCAACUAAAGGCAUUUCAAGUUUUGUAUUUCUGAUAUUUUUGAUAAAGCUUCAAUACUUAAUUCAAAAGGCAGCUGGAUGUACUUGAAAUUAUGAAGUUGAUUCCUGUGAUAAAAGUUGUGCAUUUA